AUGUUCUCCUUCGUUGCUCAUGUCGCUCUCUCCGCUCUCCUGGCCACUAGUGCCAUGGCCCAGACUUACCAGAUCAACACACCCAUCCUCCCUGCUGGACAACCAUCUGCGCCUGCUCUUCUUGACCUUGGUUCACAGUCGGGAAAUUCUGUAACAUGGGUUGCCAACCUCCAACCUGGCAUCAGUGGAUUCCUCAACUUGCGCGAUAGCACUGGUACUCUCGCCCAGUCUGGUCCUUUCACUGUCCAAUCUGGAACCAACACCAGCUGUGUUGGUCAAACACCUGUUACUAGCGCUGGCCCGGGCGGAGCUGCUGGCCAAGCACCCGCGUCAACCUCCGGUUCUACAUCCGGUACCGCCUCUGCCACCAAGUCUAACACUCCUUCGACCACUCCCUCUUCAGCAGCCAUUGCUCAAUACGCUCCUGCUGGUGUUGCUGCUAUGGUCGGCGCUGCCAUGCUCGCCCUUGUCGCCUAA